CGCGGAGCUGCAGGGUUAAAGGGUAGAGGAACAGGAGGUUAGGGGCAUGUGGCUUAUCUCUUGAGACACCCUCUUCCCCCCCCCGGGGGGCCUAUGAUGGGCGCAAUGCAUGUGCGGUGACGCGAAGGAAGAGCAUGGCAGCCGCGGGCAGCGAGCAGCAGCAAGAGCUCUUGGCUCUCAUGCACCAGCACUUGGUCCAGACUGGCUACGAGAGAGCCGCGAAGGCGCUGUUGCAACAGAGCGGCCGGAAGACCUUCCCAUCAUCACCUGUUUCUCUGCAGGAUAUCUUUGCUCAAUGGAAGAAAACUUAUCCUCAAGUCCAGAAACAAAAGGUAGACGAUACCAAGAAAAGCAUUCCAGCAAAGAUCAGAGUUUCUGAUCCCAAGAGCAGCUCGGAGAGCUCAGAUGAGGAGGAAGCAGCAAAUGCUGUAAAAAAUAAGACUAACCUACCAGUGAAUAACAUUUCUGUGGCUAAAGCAGAAACUAGCAGUGAGGAUGAAGAUUCAUCAUCGGAAGAGGAAGCAGUUGCUGGGAAAGUGGUGAAAACACUUGGGACCGGAAACAAGACAACAGAUUGCCUGCAACUUGCUGCACAGAAGACAAAUUCCUUUCCAGGCAAAGGGGUGGCUGUAGCUGCAGUCCAGGCAAAAGAGCGACAGAAGAAAGCAGCUGUGAGUAAGCCGCUCCCUCCGUCCGUAGGAAGGCAGAAUAAAGCCCCAUCUGGUCAACAAGGGGCUGCUUUGCCGUCUCUCGGGGUGCAAAGGCAGACCAGAGUGCAGGCAGCUGCUGCAAAGAAGACGGCGAGCUCUGAAAACAGCAGCAGUAACAGCAGCAGCUCCACUGAGAGUGAGGAAGAGAAGACACUGGCCACAGUGAAGCUGCCGCCUCCAAAGUCAGAUCUGAAGAAAGCAGAAAGUAGCAGUGAGGACUCAAGUGAUGAUUCUGACUCGGAAGAAGAAUCACAGGCAGCAACAGUCCAGGCAAAGCCAGGCGUGCCGAGUACACAGGUCAGUUCAACGCUGGCAAAAAGCUCACCAGCCACUAUUGCACUUUCAAAAGCAAGUGCAGUAAAGGUACCUCCAGCCAAGGUGAAAGCAAACCAAGUUAGCACAGGAGCCGGAAGUGCAUCUAAAACAGCAGAGUCAACAGACAGUUCAGAUACAAGUGACUCAUCAGACAGUGAAGAUGAGGAACCAUCUUCAGCAGCACAGACAAAACUACCUGGAAAAGCUGGUCAGGCUUCUGCAUCUCUGUCGAAAAGUGCGGCAUCCAAUCAAAUGUCAGACAGGGGAGCCUGUGCUUCAGCGCCAAUGAAACAAACUCCAAAGCCACCCACCACAAGCUUAGCAAAAUUGUCAACUCCUGCAAAAAAGUCUGGGAGCUCAGAGAGCAGCGGGUCAUCGUCUGAGACUGAGAAUGAGGCUCCUCCGGUUCCAGUGAGCCAGAAGGCAAAGCCAGGCGUGCCGAGUACACAGGUCAGUUCAACGCUGGCAAAAAGCUCACCAGCCACUAUUGCACUUUCAAAAGCAAGUGCAGUAAAGGUACCUCCAGCCAAGGUGAAAGCAAACCAAGUUAGCACAGGAGCCGGAAGUGCAUCUAAAACAGCAGAGUCAACAGACAGUUCAGAUACAAGUGACUCAUCAGACAGUGAAGAUGAGGAACCAUCUUCAGCAGCACAGACCAAAUUACCUGGAAAAUCUGCUCAAGCUUCCAUACCUCUGGUGGAACAUGCGGCUUCCAGUCAAAUGUCAGACAGGGAAACUUGUACUUCAACUCCAAUGAAACAAACUCCAAAGCCACCCAUCACAAGCUUGGCAAAAUUGUCAACUCCUGCAAAAAAGGCUGGGAGCUCAGAGAGCAGCGGGUCAUCGUCUGAGACUGAGAAUGAGGCUCCUCCAAUUCCAGUGAGCCAGAAGAGAUUGCAGGCUCCCCAGGCGCCUACUGGGACCAAACCAAAUCAGGAUAAUAAACCAGGCAGCCUGGUGAAAGCGGCACCGAGUGCUUUGAAAGCGAAGGGAGCGGGCAGCGACAGCAGCAGCACAUCUGACAGCGAGGAUGACGUGGCGCCGGCAGCUCUCAAAUUGCCGCCCCUGUCCGCAACCAAGGCAAACAUUGCAGGUGCUUCAAAGCCUCAGCCCGGGUCGACAUCACUUCAGGAGGCCCAACAAAGCGAAGACAGCAGUCAGGAUUCCAGUGAUGAGUCUGACUCGAAAGAAGGCACAGUAUUCACCCAGAAACCAGCUCAGGUGACCCAGAAACCUGCUCCAACUCCUGCAAAAGCGCUGGCUGCAAAGGGUGCAGGUGCCACACCAGGCAAAGCAGGCGGUGCUCAGUUGGCAGGAAAAAAGAGAGCAAGGCCAGCCAAGCCAGCAGCUGCAUCUCUUCGGAAAGCCUCAGAGAGCUCAGAGACAGGCAGCUCUGUUUCUUCACAGAGUGAGGUGGCCGGGAAGCCAACAAAUCAGCCCCCUAUUCAUCCCUUUUUUAAACAGAUGGUGGGAAAAGGAGCCGCUUCUUCGGCAAAAAGCACGCUGGCCAACGCCAGUACAUCGAGUGCCAUUUCCAGCCAGCGCCAGGAGCUUGGCACAGCGGCAACAGGGAAGGUGGAGCGGAGCCCUUCCAAAAAGGCAAGGCCAAGCCAAAACCAGGAUCCCAUUGUGCUCCUCCAGCGCUUAGAUAGUGUGGAAAGCAGAAGUUCCUUGGACAGUCAGGAGGGAGAGGAGAAAGUAAAAACAGCGGUGAUGACAACCAAACAGAUCCCACAACCAGGCGUACCACAGAAACAAGGAGCAAUAAAAGAGGCAGAGAGCUCAUCUGAAGAUUCCAGUGACGAUGAAGAGCCUUCACAGUCCCUCUUGGCAGGUUCAUCAGGUCCUUCCAAGACACCAGCAUACACUGCACUGAAGAAUACUUCUUCCAUGCCUUUGAAACAAAGUUCUGGAAAAGCCGGUGCUUCUGUCCCCAGUACCCUUGCAAAGACCUCUGGGAAACCUGCCUUUGCUGGCAUCUCGUCAGGUGACAGCAGUGACUCUGAGACAGAUGUUGAGGAAAUAGUUGGAACCAAGGCAGAAGUCAGCACGUUGCCUUCUUCAGGAAAGGGCACAGUUGUGGCCAAGGUGGGUAAAGAGGCCACAGUAGAGAAAAAAGGACCAGGAAGCAAGGUCCCCAAAGCUUCCAAAGCAAAGAAGACGACAGCAAAGGCUCAGAGCAACGGCAAAGCCAAGGAGGCUCCAGCGGUCCAGAUCCUGCUCACGUCCUGGUCCAAAGCUCAGCCUGCACAAGUUGGCUCCGAGAGCAAAGAGGAGGCUGCAGCCCAAAUCCUGGCCGCUGGAGGCCAGGAGGAGGCAGGGGCCACCCCUGCCGUGGCCGGAAAGACUCCAAAAGCAGCCAAGGCGUCCAAGAGUGGGGAGAAGAAGAAGGUGUCCAAGAAACGGAAGCUGGCCACUGGGGACGCGAGCCUAGGGGAGACGAAAGGGAAGAAGCUGAAAACGCAAAGCAACCCAGAGGCUGUGACGAAGAAGAAGAAGAAGAAGAAAAAGAAGUCCAAGACUCCAGGCGACACCAAAACACCAAAGAAGAAAGAAGGCAAAGAAAAGAAAGCUGAUAAGAAGAAAAAGAAAAGCAAAAAAAUGGAGUCUCUUAGUGAAGAUGGGUUACAGAAGAAGAAGAAGAAAAAGAAGAAAUCUGGUGACCUUGAGGGAACAGCAUGAGCAAUGAUUUUACAGUUCGAAGUGAAGAAUGAAAGUCUACUGGGAGGGGAGUACUCGUCCAACUGGAACUGCUUGUUUAUAUUUUUUCAACAAAGAAUAAAAGAACAUCAAAAGUUUAGAUUUAAAUCUUAAUUUAUAACUAUUUUUAACUGUGAUUUUUAAAGGUAUACCUUUCUUGCAGUCAGCCUAGGCAUGGGAGGUGCCCUGAUUUGCACUGCGACGGCAGAAACUGAAGAAGGGAGGUGUAUGGGGGGAAAGGCAAGAAGCCGGCUCCUAUUGUUCUGUAUUGUAAUGCAGCAAUAUCUUUUAUUGCGAUCUCCACAUCCUCCUUUACUGCCACCCAUCCCGUAAGAGUUAUUUUUUUAAACAAAAACAUCCCCUUCCCUGUUUUCAUACUACCUGCUUUCUACGUCAAGUUAAAAUUGAAAAGGUAAAAGGGAUGGUCCUCUGGUCCAACUCUGUAUCACCUUUCUUCCACUGUUGAAUAUGUACAAAGCUGUGUUAUCCUGGGAUUGGUUUUUUUUUUAAUUAUUAUUAUUCAUCCGUCCUUCUCUUUUUAAUAAACGGAACACAAUAAAAGAUUUUGACUGGAA